AGUCGCAGAUUGCUGGCUGCCAGUUGCGAUUUACAUGGCGAAGGGCGCGUAUUCCAGCGAGGCAUUUGAAUUUGACGCGACAAAGUGUGUUCGAAAAGAACGCGUACAUUUUUGUGCUUCAUGUAUUUUAUAUACAAACAUACAUACAUUUGUAUACACCGAAUUCUAAAGUGAAUUUUUAUAGAUUUUUUAGUGCAGCGCUUGCAUUGUCUUAAGAAAAGCAGCAGUCGCGGGAACCCUCGUGAGUCAGGCAGUUAAUAAUUCAAAAAUUGAAGUCCCAAUUCGAAGGUUACGUCGGCGCUUUGUGACCUCUGAAAAGUGAAAUUCUUUCAGUUUGUGUCGGCAUUGCUUGUGCAUGAUUAUUAACUGUGUGAAAGCGUCAGCUGUGAGGUCUAACUAAUAAUAAAGCAAGUGUGAUAAUUCUAAGGUUUUAUUUGAUUGAAUUUACAUGUGUAGUGGUUUAAGUGCAUAUUUAAAAAGUAAGGCAGCAUAAAAUAAUAAUAACAGUGCUACGUGCAUAACCUAAAACAAACUUUGACUCAAGGUUGGUUCCUUAAUUGAAGGGCUCAUUUAUGCCGCACUGAAUUUUGGAGAAUAAAAAAGUUUUUCAAAGUGUUCAUAAAUUUGAAAAUAAAAAGUUUUCAUAUUUUGUAUAAAAAAUAAAAGAAAAAUCCAAUAUUAAAAAAAUACAGGGUGUCCCAAAAUUAACGCAAGGUUUACAAUUGUUAAAGUUUCUAUAUUUUGGAAAAAACACGUGAAAUCCACAGGCUGAAAGCUUAUUUGGCGACGGAUUGAAAAAAAUCGAUUUUUGUGCGUGAGCAAGACACGGACAAAGUGCGCGCAAGGCGGCGGAGCUGUUUAAAAAUACAUACUUCAUACACACACGCACACUAGGAGAGAGACGCACGUCAACACAAGUCAAUUGCAUUUUGUUAGUGAAAUUUUCAAAAACUAAACCAAAAACUGCAUUAUUAUUAAGCAUGGCAACCGCAAAUAUACGCUUCAACGCGCUGCCUCAAGCCCCCAGCUGCGGGAGCCACAGUGCCGGCGAAUGCAGAAGCAACAACUGCAGCGCCAAACUAGGCGACGCCAAAGAGCCGGUCGCUGCGGCCGCCACUGUGCUGCUGGAUAAGCGCUUCUCGCGGCAAGUGCAGGGUGUGUAUCCGCUGCGACGUCAGGACGUGCUGAAGUGGUACGGCUGGGGCUACAAAGACUCACAGUUCUAUGUGGACAAUGGCAUCAUCGGCUUCAAGGGUGACAAGUAUCCACUUGAAGGCUGCAUGUUGCCCUACUUCACCGAAUGGGUUUACAGUAAAUUCAAUUUGCGUAUCGAGAAGAAUUUACCCUCUCCGAAAAUGCCUACCGAGUUUCCGGCACCCACCGUGAAUGCGCCCUUUGUGCGCGAACUCGAAGCAACUAAGCUGACGAGCUCGCAGUCUGGCGAGGACCGACUCAUACGCUGUCACGGUCAGACGCUGCACGAUAUCUACUAUCUUUGGCGCAAUGAAUUCAAGCGUAUUCCCGACAUAGUCGUCUGGCCGCACAGCCACGAGGAUGUGGUGCGGCUUGUGGCGCUCGCCAAUAGACAUAAUGUUGUGGUUAUACCGUAUGGCGGAGGCACCUCUGUGUCUGGCUCAAUUACUUGUCCGCAAGCGGAGCAACGUAUGAUCUGCGUCUUGGAUACGUCACAGAUGAAUCGUAUGCUGUGGUUGAAUAAAGCCAAUUUGACUGUGUGCUUUGAGGCGGGAAUUGUGGGACAGGAUUUGGAGCGCGAAUUGCAAAAACUCGGUUUGACGGUGGGUCAUGAACCGGACAGUUAUGAGUUCUCCACACUCGGUGGUUGGGUGGCGACACGCGCCUCUGGCAUGAAGAAGAACGUCUACGGCAAUAUUGAGGAUUUGGUGGUGCGCGUGCGCAUGGUUACCGCGUCUGGAGCGGUGCUAGAACGUGAGUGCAUGGCGCCGCGUGUAUCGUGCGGUCCGGAUUUCAACCAUGUGAUAAUGGGCUCCGAAGGCACUCUAGGCGUUGUGACUGAGGUGGUACUGAAAGUGCGUCCACUGCCCGCCGUGAAACGUUAUGGCUCGCUGGUUUUCCCCGAUUUCGAGAGCGGUGUACAAUUUAUGCGGGAAGUUGCGCGCCGCCGCUGCCAACCGGCGUCGGUGCGGUUAGUGGAUAACGAACAAUUCGUUAUGGGACAAACACUGAAGCCAGUGCGAGGCUGGUUGGCUGGUUUGCUGGAUUCAUUGAAGAAAACCUACAUCACGGCUUGGAAGGGUUUGGAUUUAACGAAAAUGUGUGCGGCAACUUUGCUAUUUGAGGGUAAUGAGGAAGAUGUGCGACGAGAGGAGGCGCUCAUUUAUCAGAUUGCAAAGCAGUUUAAAGGAUUUCCGGCAGGUGGUGAUAAUGGCGAACGUGGCUACAUACUAACAUUCGUCAUAGCGUACAUAAGGGAUUUCGCAUUGAACCAAGAGAUCGUUGCGGAGUCCUUUGAGACUUCUGUGCCAUGGGACCGCUGCAGCACGUUGUGUCGGAAUGUGAAGCGCCGCGUGGAAGCGGAAUGUCAAAAGCGUAGCAUUAAGAACUUCAUCAUUUCCUGUCGCGUAACGCAGACCUACGACGCCGGCGCUUGCGUUUACUUCUAUUUCGGCUUUAGGCACACCGGCAUUGCCGAUCCUGUCGCCACAUUUGAGCAGAUUGAGACGGGUGCGCGCGACGAGAUACUCGCCUCGGGCGGCUCGCUGUCGCAUCAUCAUGGUGUUGGUAAAAUACGCAGCCAAUGGUACGAGAAUACCGUUUCCAAAUCCGGCAGUGCACUGUAUCUGGCGGCGAAAAGACAACUCGACCCGAACAAUAUUUUCGCCGCAGGGAAUUUGCUUACCGAGGAGCAGUGGCUGGCGGAGAGCAAAAAGAGUAGCGCAGAAGCGUCGUCGCAUCAAACCACCGUCGAGUCGAGUUCAUUAGUUAAGGCGAAACUAUAAAGUUCGAGCAUCAACCGAAAUAAAACCACAGAUAAGAGACAUUAGUUUUAUGUUGGCUUUAGCGAAAUGUAGUGGAAUUAACUCAAAAAGUUUGUAAUUUUUUUUAUUUUUGUAUUAGCGCUAGUUUAACAUGAGUGUUCUUGUACAUAAACUUAAUUUGCUUACUUAAUUAUUUAAUGUUUUGUUUAAGGACUUCAAUUCUGUCUUAUUGUAUGGAAUAUACUGUUAUAAUGGGUGAUUUUCUAAUUCAAACGUACGGUUCAUAUUUAUUACACUAGUUUACACUAACUAAUUUUUAUUAUUCCUCUAUACUGGCAUAUGGAACCUCGGUAUAUGCACGAUUAGAAAAGGUGUUUGAAGUUUUCUAGUACAGAAAAAAAUAAAAUAAGACCAGCUAUAAAAAUUAA